GACAGAGCCGCAUACCACGCCAGCGCGUCGUACGAAGUGCAGGUGACAGUUAAACACGUAAUUGCAAUCAAUUAGCACGCGUGCACGUAUCUAAAUAAAAUUUCUCACCGUUUCCAAGCGGUUACGUUAUCGUUGGACCGCUUCAGCAUGUGCAACAAGUUCGAGAUCGAGAUAGAACCGCGUGGCGUGCUUAGUAUAUAGUGAAAGAAAGACCUGUAUCCCAGCUACCUGUUUACAUUUUACCUGUGGCCAUGGAGACGGUUGUCUGACGCUUCGUCGAAGAAAUUUAUUAUAUUCGUUCGUCUAGACGUGUUUCGUUAAAAACGAUCAACACAAUACCGAUCAGUUCGGUUUUCUUCGAAGCUACGCCGCAACAGGCCACGAUCAUCGUGAUUAUGUGAAGCUUCGUCGAAUGGUCAGACGAGAUCGAUAAACCGAUUCGGUAUUCACCAGAUGAGGAUAAUUUUGGGAUCAUGGCGUUGGCGAAGAUCAAAAGUUUCAUCGACACCGGCCUGAAGACGGUGUCCACGCCGUUGGAUCGGACGGUGAAUCUGGAACCGGAAGUGGGCAUUAGGAUCGUUCAUUCGAUAAACGAGAAGGCGUUACACGUGACGGUGCUCGGUGCUCGACACUUGCCGCAAAAUUUCGGCUUCACCCGUGUCAAUAGCUACGUUGUCAAGGUGAAGCUGAUACCAGGAAAGGAGAAGUUCGAGACUACGUCGAGGAACGAGUCUUGGCCGCAAUGGAACGAGGAAUUCACGUUCCUUCUGCGGAAAGAGAGCAAGCAGAAAUUUGGGAAAACGAAGGUGAUCGAGGAGGAGAUCAACGGAUCGAGAUUCAUCGUGGCGACUCUGUACGCGAUUCUCGAGGACAAACCGUUGAUAGCGACCGAUAAAAAGGAAUCGGAGAAGGACAAGACCUCGUCUCCAGUCAAGGAAACUGGGAAAAAGUCUGGGAAGAAGAAAGACGGCCAAGCAGCCACCUCGGAGAAUCAAGAACCGACGAAGAACAAAUUGUUCAGCCAAUUCUUCGGCAAAUCGUCGGAGAAAAACACGGAAACCACCCCGGUGGAGAGAAGAAUGUACGACAAGAGGCGCACGGUGGGUGCAACGACCAUUUCUCUGGAUCCGAAAAAUUUCACUACGAAACCACCCAAAGCUAAACACCCGGGUGACGUGUCCACGGGAGAUAUGUGGAGACCACUCCGACCUAUCACAAGUGGCAUUUCCGGAGCUGAAGAGAGGAGGGAGAACAAAAAGGGUCAAGUCGAAUUGUCACUGUGCCAGGAGAAGAGCGACAAACGAGAGGAAGGCAGCGAACGGCUGGUACUAUCUCUGCAUCGUCUGAGAUGUUCGUUGCAGACGAUGCACGAGCACGAGGCCCUCCGAGGUCAGAUGUACAUAAAGAUAUCGGUGGUGGACAAUGGAAGGGUGACUCAUUUUUGGAAAAGCGAUCGUUUCGCGCCUUGCGUGACCAUGAAAUUUGCACCGGAUAUGGCCAGAGUGGUGGCGGACAAUCCUUACCAAGGAGCUCUAAACGACGUCAGCUUCGUUGUUAAAUUUGUCUCGAAAAACAAAAUGGGGAAGAAAACCACUGUUGGUCACUUCGUGAUCGGACCAGACGUAGGAGGACCUUACGGAGAACAGUGGAAACAGGCUCUAGCUAAGCCAGGGCAACAGAUAAUGAAAUGGCAGGCAUUUGAAUGAGAAAAGAAUUCGAAUUUUCCAUCGCGUGUAAACCUACUUUCGCGGUUCUUGCGAAUCUUAUGAAUAUCUUAGAGCACGAUCGAUGAUGGGUGCUAUUCCAAAGAACGCUUGGACGACAAAGUCAGUAUAUUUCUCGCAGAAUUUAUUCUCUUUUUUGCUCAGACUUUCUUUCCUCUUGUUGACAAACCUGUACAAAAGUAUUUUACGCGUUUCUUUUUUGUACAUAUUAAUCAUUCAUACAAUUGAACCGUCCUCGAUUCCGAGUCAGACGAAAAGCCGAAUUUCUGUCAGGAAUCGUACUAACGGAACCGUCCAAUAAAAUAAGUGCCUGUCGAUAUACAGUACUUGGAGUUUAUGAAAUUUUUCGUUGCCAACGAGUCCAGUCAUUUUUUUGCAAUCGUUUUCUCGAAAUGAAGAGACUAAGUUUUUGUGCCAGAAAAAAUCCUGACGAAAUGACUUUUUAGCGUUAAAGUAAAUAAGCCGCGAUGUACGUUUGACUUUAUAUUAUUUUAAGCGAAGAUUAAAUCGUUCAGAUAAGAUAUAAAAGCAGCGAGAAAGUAUUUUCUGUGUACGUAGGAUCAAAUAGCACGUUUUAUUAUAUUUAUCAAUGUUUAUUUGCACUGGUAACGAUAAACUUAUUGCUCAUCGUUUCGUCUGUAAUUUUAUCGAGUAUUUUUUUUAAAUAAUUGUACUAAUGUGUCGUAUGAUAAAUAAUUAGAACUGCGUAAAAGAAGAUAGUAUUUGUAAAACAUUACACGUGUACACGUCUGUUUUUAUACAAACACCGAUUAUAAUUCAACGAAUGUUUUUAAGACUUAAACCGUUACACCAAAAAAAAAAAG